GGGGGCUUGUGGGUUGUGGCUGUCACUUGCAGUUGGGCUCGCAACAAUCCGGGGUAUUUUCUCGCUGAGAACUCCAUCCUUCGUCCCUCACCUGACAUCGCCUUCGACAUUGCCGUCUUCUCCAACACCUCUCUUUCACUCUUUCCGCGCUCUCUUUGCCCUUUGUCCUCUGCUGCGAAGCCGGCUCUUGAUCUGUCUCCGUUCGACUCGCUCUUCAACCCCCCCUAGUCCCACCUCAGCCUCUCUCCUGCUCGCCUUCUCCCACCCGCAUACACACCAUGCCUCGUGCCACCUCACUCCACAAUCAGGAGCAGCUGUUUUAGAACUAACACACCAUGGUUACUGGAAACAGCAGUGCACCCGGUAAUGGCAUCACUGGCGGCCUAGAGGAUGAUGCCAGCCUAGGCAUCCAGAUUACCAUCGCGACACUCGCCGGGAUUACCUGGUACAACGCCAUAGAGCUCAUCGCCCUUGUAUUUGUCACUUUCAGCGACUAUCAGGGUCUAUAUUUCUGGAGUUUACUGGUGUCAUCGUCCGUGGGACUCAUACCGUAUUCGCUCGGGUUUUUGCUCAAGUUCUUCCGACUAACAUCUGCAACAUGGCUAUCCGUCACAUUCAUUACCGUCGGCUGGUAUUGCAUGGUCACUGGUCAGGCCAUCGUUCUGUACUCGCGACUACAUCUCGUUCUUCCUAACCCACGCGUCCUUCGCCGGGUGCUGGCUAUGAUCCUCAUCAACGCGGUCAUUCUUCACUUCCCCACUACUGUCUUCACCUACGGCUCCAAUUUGGCGAGCGACAAUGAUGUCUACCAAACGGGGUACAAUGUUAUGGAGAAGAUCCAGAUGACCGGGUUCUGCAUCCAAGAAUUCGUCCUCUCCGCGCUGUACAUCUGGGAAACCAUUCGUAUGCUCCGUCUGGACCCGGAUAGAAGUAAACGGAAGAUCAUGUAUCAGCUAGUUACAAUCAACCUGAUGAUUAUCCUCAUGGACGUCGGCCUUCUCGUCGUCGAAUAUAUGGAUUACUACAUCAUGGAAACAAUGAUCAAGGGUGUCGUCUACAGCGUCAAACUGAAACUUGAGUUUGCCGUCCUCGGCAAACUUGUCUUCCUUGUCAGCAGUCAUAUAUGGAAGCAAGAGUCUGUCACCGGCGCACCUGCAGAGCUUCCCGACUUUGUUGAUGCCACGCGAGUCACCUCAGACGUCACACACGCAAACUCGAGACCACGACAACGCUUCCAUCCCUUCAUGGACGAUGAAGACGUCGACAUCGCUAUGUUUGAACAUUCGGGCCCUCCCCGCGAAUCGGGAACAGACAACUCUGAUAUCUCACAUGCUCUAAGCGGCGAAACACAGACGAAUAACCCUCCAUGCUCAGAGCGAGAUUUUACCGAAUCACCCCAGCGACUACCACCCCUACACGUCAAGGAAUCAACGUACCCUGGAUGAGUCAACCCAUGUCUGUUUGUGCGCCCCCCGCCCUUGUGCUACCUACCUAUCUAUCUAUAUCUCAACAUCUCGACCCAUUCCACUACCCACUUCUUUCCUCAUGUACCAUUAAACGAAUAAUGAGCGACGAGAUCACGGUCAGAUAAAACUCGCAAUCACACACACAACCGCAGACCAGCAAUAAUGAGACUUCCAUGGAGGUCGAGGGUUUGGUUUUGCCGAUACCAAUCGGGGCUGACGUUGAAAAUACAACACCAGCCUCACACCUGUGGAGAAGAGAGGACUAAAAUCCCGCCUUCUCUGCCCGGCCGCCUGCCUACAAACUUUAUUUACGGGGCGCGCCCGAAAUAAAGCAAGUGGUAAUCAGGCCCGAGCCCAUAGUGGAUUCAAUCCACACCUACCAAGCUACAUACCAGGCCCCACGCUGCCCAAAUCGCAAAACGGGAGCAGCAGUAGUAAGAUUCAAUUACUCCUCCAUCGCACUUAGAUACUUACUA